GAGGAUCAGUAGGCAAACUGUGGCCAUCAGAGGAGAGCUGCUGCCCGCUCGGAUCCCCGGGACUUUGGGUCAACUGUUCGCCGGUUUUCUGCUUCUCAACAUUUUAAAAACUCAACAUGGACAUGAAGAAGAGAAUCACGUUGGAGCUGAGGAACCGGAGCGCGGCGGAGAUAGCAGAGCUGGUGGUAGAUAACAGUCGAUCAGCAGACGGUGAGGUAGAAGGUCUGACAGACGCCUUCACAGAGCUCGAGUUCCUCAGUAUGGUCAACGUGGGGCUCAGCUCUCUGGCUAAACUCCCAUCACUACCCAAACUACACAAGCUGGAGCUGAGUGACAACAACCUGUCUGGCUCUCUGGAGAUGCUGUCGGAGAAAUGUCCCAACCUGACCUACCUCAACCUGAGUGGCAACAAGAUCAAAGAGCUGAGCAACGUGGAGGCACUGCAAAACCUGAAGAGCCUGCAGAGUCUGGACCUGUUCAACUGUGAGAUCACGACUCUGGAGGACUACCGCGAGAGUGUGUUCGAGCUGCUGCCUCAGGUCACGUACCUGGACGGGUUCGACCAGGAGGACAACGAGGCGCCAGACUCCGAAGCCGACGACGAAGACGAUGACGGCGAGGACGGAGCGGCGCCGACCGGCGACUACGACGAAGACGAGGAUGACGAUGAGGAGGAAGACGGCUCGGAAGGAGGAGAGGUGGGGUUGAGCUUUCAGGUCAACCGGGCCAAUCAGGACGAUGAUGAGGACGACUACGCAGACGAAGAAGAGGAAGAAGAUAAAGCGAUAGCUCAGGGCGAGAAGAGGAAGCGAGGCGCGGAUGCCGAAGGCGAGGAUGACGAAGACGAAGACGACGACGAAGACGACUAGUCUCUGCGGCUCACACUACACACACACACACACACACACACACACACACACACACACACAAACAGGAACUGUGUGAUCUCAGAUAGUGUGUUUUUUCAGUUUGUUAGAGAAUCUCACGUCUUUAUUUUUAGAUAAUAUAUAAGAAGAGGAUUUUAUCUUUAAACCUUAAAGCCCGUCUGUCC